UAGGGAAGCAUUGUAAAGCACAGAGAGGUCUGGUAAAGCAUAGGGAAGCAUUGUAAAGCACAGAGAGGUCUGGUAAAGCAUAGGGAAGCAUUGUAAAGCACAGAGAGGUCUGGUAAAGCAUAGGGAAGCAUUGUAAAGCACAGAGAGGUCUGGUAAAGCAUAGGGAAACAUUGUAAAGCACAGAGAGGUCUGGUAAAGCAUAGGGAAGCAUUGUAAAGCACAGAGAGUUCUGGUAAAGCAUAGGGAAGCAUUGUAAAGCACAGAGAGGUCUGAUAAAGAGUUUUUUUUUAAAUUGUAAAGCGUGCUGGGUUGUGCCGCAUGAAGAGCGCUAUACAGAAGCAGACUGCAUUGUGCUGCGCUGUUAGACAGCCGGUGAACGCGCCUGGUUUGACGUGCCAGUUGGUGUGUGUUCUCCCCUCUCUCCUCUCCUCAGACUGUCUGACUGCCAACAUCGUGAAGUCUCACAGGGAGACGUGCCAGUACAGAGUGGAGGAGCUGCAGGCCCUGCGCUGGAAAGUGUUCAGCAGGGAGGAGGUGCUGGCUUACCAGAGCAAGUCUGUAGAGGAGAUGUGGCAGCGUUGUGCUUACCGGCUCACAGACAGCAUCCAGUACGUGGUGGAGUUCGCUAAGAGGAUCGACGGAUUCCUGGAGCUGAGCCAGAACGACCAGAUAGUGCUGCUCAAAGGAGGUUCUCUGGAGGUGGUUCUCGUGCGGAUGUGUCGCUCGUUCAACCCUGACAACGGGACCGUGUUCUUCGAGGGCAAAUACGGCGGGACGGAGGUCUUCAAAUCACUGGGGUGCAAUGACCUCAUUGCCGCGAUCUUUGAGUUCUCUCAGAGCCUGUGCGCGCUGCACCUGUCUGAACAGGAGGUGGCGCUCUUCACCGCUGUGGUGCUGCUCAACCCAGAGCGUGCGUGGCUGCAGGAUAAGGAGAAGGUGGCGAGGCUGCACAGUCACGUGGACGUGGCCUUCAAGAACACGCUGCAGAGGAGCCACAGAGACACCGUGCUGAGCAAGCUCUCUCAGAAGACGCUCCAGUUGAAGUCUCUCUGCUCGCUGCACAUCGACAGGCUCCGCUCGUUCCUGGAGCUCCGCCCCUGCUCGCUCACUCGCUGUUCCCCCCCCCUCUACCACGAGCUGUUCAGCGACGGCCCUGACACCCCCUGGAGUGACAGAGAGGGAGGGAGGGGGGCACCUACAGCCACGGAGCCACGCGCUUCACCUGCUGCAGAAAGACGGGGCUGA